AAAAACGAUCAGAAUCCAAGGCGGUUAAUCGUAAUGCCAGACAAACGUGGUUUGGCUGUGCAGAAUGUAGAAGAUCUGGACGUUUCGAAACUAACUGCCUUAUCACCGGAGGUCAUCAGUCGUCAGGCUACCAUAAACAUCGGUACUAUAGGCCAUGUCGCCCACGGGAAGACAACAGUUGUGCGUGCAAUUUCCACAGUGCAUACCAUUAGGCACAAAAAUGAAUUGAUCAGGAACAUCACAAUAAAGCUGGGAUAUGCUAAUGCUAAGAUAUACAAAUGCAGUAGUGAAGCAUGCAUACGCCCUGCUUGUUAUCGGUCAUUCGGAAGUGCAACAGAUGAUUCCCUUCCCUGUCCUAGACCAGGAUGUGAUGGAACACUAACAUUGCUGAGGCAUGUUUCGUUUGUGGAUUGUCCAGGUCAUGAUAUUUUAAUGGCAACUAUGCUAAACGGUGCUGCUGUUAUGGACGCAGCAUUAUUGUUGAUAGCCAGCAAUGAGACAUGCCCCCAGCCUCAAACAAGUGAGCACCUCGCUGCUGUAGAGAUCAUGCAGUUGAAAUACAUAAUUAUUCUUCAAAAUAAGAUUGACUUAAUCAAGGAAAGUCAGGCACGCGAACAAUAUUCACAGAUUUUACGUUUUAUCCAGGGUACUGUUGCUCAAGGAGCUCCAGUUGUACCUAUCUCAGCACAAUUGAAGUAUAAUAUUGAUGUUGUUUGUGAUUACAUUGUGAAUCACAUUCCGGUUCCAGUACGGGAUUUUACAUCAGCACCUCGUUUGAUUGUUAUUCGAUCAUUCGAUGUAAACAAACCUGGUUGCGAAGUGGAUGAUCUACAAGGUGGAGUAGCUGGAGGGAGCAUAUUGCGAGGGGUUCUAAAGGUUGGGCAAAAAAUAGAAAUUAGACCAGGUCUCGUUUCAAAAGAUUCGGAGACUGGGGGCGUUACUUGUAGACCCAUUAUUUCAUGUAUUGUGUCACUUUUCGCGGAGCAGAAUGACCUUGCUUAUGCUGUUCCAGGAGGUUUAAUUGGAGUUGGGACAAAAAUCGAUCCACAGUUGUGUCGCGCUGAUCGUUUGGUUGGACAUGUUUUAGGACAGGUUGGCACCUUGCCUGACAUAUAUGUGGAGUUGGAAAUAUCAUUCUUUCUUCUACGACGUUUGUUAGGUGUUCGCACAGAAGGGGACCAAAAAGGUGCUAAGGCAAGUAAAAUGGUAACUGUCAUAUAA